UCUCUCAUCGAAUGUCAGUAUGACAGACGGUGAUUUGUUAACACAAGUUUUCCAAAGGGUUUGUGACAUUGAUUGCUCCAAUGGCGAUAUAUUCCAUACGCAGCAAACAGUCGCAAAGUCGGAGGAGUGUUUGGUGAAUUUUGCCUAAAUUUUUACAAUAGUUCAAGAAAAGGCGACUUCAAUUGGCAAAAUGACGACCAAUCGGCUGACAUAGUGCAUUUGAAAAACGAAGAGUAAUGAAAGUUCAGCAUUUAAUAUUGUCGGGCAGUGGAUUAAACUGUAUAAACCAAGAAAGCUGUACACACCAAAUAGGAUUAUUGACCAGGCGUACUAUAUGCUCCUUCUGCUAUAGGUCUCAAGCCACACUUGAAAAAUGGCUCUGAAUGGAUUUCUGGAGUUUUUCCAGAAAGGCAAGACAUUUCGACCAAAGAAACGAUUCACUGCCGGAACUAUUCGAUAUUCCUUGCAUAAGCAGGCUCAGGCCAGCUUGGAAUCAGGUAUCAAUCUACGGCAGGUGGUAAAACUUCCGCCCGGUGAGAAUAUGAAUGAUUGGAUGGCAGUGCAUGUUGUAGACUUUUUCAAUCGGAUCAAUCUUAUUUAUGGGACGGUAUCUGAAUAUUGUAACGAAACUGUUUGUCCGACUAUGUCAGGUGGAUCGAGAUAUGAAUACCUUUGGGCGGACGGUGAAACAUUCAAAAAGCCAACCCCCCUCCCAGCGCCCAGAUACAUAGAGCUAUUAAUGGAUUGGAUUGAAUCUCAGAUAAAUAAUGAGGCUGUGUUUCCCGUAUCAACAGACGUCCCCUUUCCCAAGAGUUUCUUACCGUUGUGCCGUAAGAUUCUCACUAGGCUUUUUCGAGUAUUUGUCCAUGUCUACAUCCAUCAUUUCGAUCGAAUUGUCAAUAUAGGAGCGGAAGCCCACGUGAAUACAUGCUACAAACAUUUCUACUAUUUUGUCCAAGAAUUCGAUCUGAUUUCACCGAAGGAGCUUGAACCUUUGGCAGAAAUGUCAUCUCGCGUUUGCACAGCAACAUAACUGUGGAAGUUUGGAAGAAAGCAUUUCUUAUCAGGAACCAGACUUAAACAUCUGCUUGGAUCUUUAUUUUAUUCCUCUUUAGUUUAAUCAAUCAGUGUUAAUUUCGAAUAUGCAUGUAAAUAUACGAAAUAUUUAAAAAUCGUCUUCAA